AUGGGUCGCAAAAACAAGAUCAAGAUUCAACGUGUAAGUUUUAAAGUGGAUUAUUUCAAAAAAUAGGCCACGUAAAAGCUCUUCAAUUCAUAUUUAAAAUUUUACAGAAUCUUCGUCAAUCGAGAGAGCAAUCUCCAGAGAAUCGCAAAGUUCUCGGUGAUAUUGGCAAUGUUUCUCAACGAUCCGUCGAUAUGACAACUGUUGAAAUCGUGAGAAAUAUGGCGUUGAGAGGUAUUUAGUUAUCUGAAUUCAUUCACAAUUCAAUCAGAUUAUUUCCAGAAACACCUGUUGAAAAGGUGAAUUAUCUUCUCGAUAUUUUGGAUCGGAAAAAUUCGGAGUUGUUGUGUUCGAGAAAACUCAUCGACUAUUUGAAGAAUCAAGAUAUGGAUUUGAUAGAAAAGAUUCAAAAUGGUCAAGAGCAAAUGUCUAUUCUGGAAUCGGACAGGAGCGAAGUUCUCGAACAAUUGGAUGCUUUCAGGGAUAAAUUCGAAGAUAUCAAAGGAAGUUCUUCCGCUUCUCUCGACAAAUUGAAAGAAGAGAACGAGGAGUUGAAUGAAAAGUUGCGAGUUACCACUCAAAACUUGGAAAAAUCCAAAAGUAAUUAGAAUUAUACUUCGAUAUACUUAAAUAAUUUUCUUUUUUCAGAGGAGUUGAGUGAUUUGGAACGACAAUUCGUUAUAACCAACCAGUUGGUGAGCGAAUCUCAAAAGUCAAGUGAAGUUGUCAAAGACGAGUUCAACAAGUUGAUUGCUGAGAAAAGUUCGGCUCUAACAAGUGCUCUUGCCAAACUGGAAGAGACCAAAAAAUCGGGACUUGUUUCUGUCGAAGAAUUGGAAAAAGUUCGAGUUAAACUUGCAAGUUUGGAGAAGACAAAUCUGGAGCUGAUCGAAAACCAACAAGAAGUUAGAGAAUUGAAGGAGGAAUUGGCGCAAGCUAUUAUCCAGCGAGAUGAUUACAAAGUUGAGCUAGAUACAGCUUUGCGCGUAUCAGAUGAAGCGAGAUAUAAUGCUCAAAAUGAAUCAAGUCAUUUGGAAAAAGAGUUGGAGAAGCUUCGUGAACAACUUCGAUCAUUGGAGAGUGAUAACAUCAUUCGAAAGGAAGCUGUUGGUGGAUUGAAAGAACAAUUGGCUGAAGCGAAGAAAAUUGUUGAGGAAGAGAAAAAUCUUUUACAAAAAGAUCUAGAAUCGGCAAAAGAUUCUGCGAGCAAAUCUCAAAAGGAAGUUGAAGUGUUGAAUCAACAACUGCAAUUGAUCAAUAGUGAGAUUGAAAAUCUUCGAAAGAGCAAUGUCACAUUGAGCGAAGAUUUGAAAUCAGAAAAAUUGGUUUCGGAGCAAUUCAAACAAUUGAAUCAACAACUUCAAUCUACGAAUGGCCAAUUGGAAGAACAGAACAAAAGUCUUUUGGCAGCGAACAGUUCUCAAAAGAAUUCGGAAAGCCUGGCUAUCUCGAAGUUGCAAGAUGAAUUCAAGUUGAAAACCGACAAAUUCACAACUGAAAUCGCCGAAUUGCUCGAAAAUAACAAGUCACUCCAAUCUGAACUUGAUGCAGCGAAACAAUCAAUUGAAAAUGAAAAGAAGACGUCAAAAGGCUUCGAACAGAAAUAUGUCAAUUUGCAGACAGUCUUCGAAACAAGAUUCACUCAAGUUCUCGAUGAUGUCGAAAUUGUUCAAUAUGAUUUGCAUACUCUCAAGAUCAAUCUGGCCAACACCGAACAAGAAAAUGCUCGACUUCAAAAAACUAUAAACGAGAUCGAAGAGAGCAAAUCGAAACUUGUUGAAGAAUCCAGAAAGAAACGAGAUACAGCUACGGAUGAACUCAAAAAUCAAUUUGAAGGCGAGAAGAAGAAGAUUCAAGAGGAAUGCACACGUAAAGUGAAAUCUUCGAAUCAACGAGUCAAUAAGUUGGAUAAGGAUGUGAAAAAGUUGCUGACAGAGAAGAAGAAACUCAAUGAAGAGAACACCAAAUUGGCGGAAGAGUUGAAAUCGAAGUCAACACUUGUUGAAGAACUUAAUGGUUUGGCCAAAUCUGCCCAGAGUAAUCAACAAACAAUUGAUGAGUUGACAAAAUGGAAAGAGGACAAUCAAAAGCUGUGAGUUUUUAAUUCCGAGUAAAUAUGUUUUAAAAAUUAUUUUUUUAGUGUCGUGAAGUUGGAAACCAGGAUCAGCGAACUUCAAAGAUCAUCCGAAAACUGCCAAAAGCGUUUUGAAAGUGAAUUGGCUGCAUCUGAGAAGAAACGUUCCGAAGCAAUGAGUAUGGUUGAAAAGCAUGAACAAGAGUGAGGAAAACAAUUUAUAAUGGUUUAUAUUCUAAUUUCCGUUUCUUACAGAGUUCUUGAAGUUCAACAUCUUUUGAAUAGUUCGAUUGAAGAAAUUCAUGAACAAGAAGAGUUGAGAAAACACAUUGCUAGUUUGGAGGCGAAGGUACAAACUCUCGAAAAAGAAUGUUCCGAUAAAUUGGAAAUCGCUUCGAAGUUAAAAGAAGUUCAAAAAACUUUGGAAGAGACUGCCGAGAAAAAUGUUCAACUCCAAACUCGAAUUGACACAGAUUUGUCCGAAUUGGCGGAUAUCAAGAAGAGCGUUGAUAAAAGCAAGAAGAAAAUGGAGGAUAAACUAUCGGUUGUUCGAAAUAAAUUGGAAAAAGCGGAAAAAUUGGCAAAGGAAGAGAAAGAGGAAUGUAAAAGAAUAAAGGAAUUGGAAUCGAAGAAAGUCGAAGUUUUGGAACAAAUGGCCAAGGAAGAAAAGGAGGCUACUAAAUUGACAUUGGAUGCUUCUAAUCAAGUGAAGGAUCAGUUGCAAAGGUUCGUUUUUUAUUAAAAUUUUAUUUAAAAAAAAUAAUUUAUUUUUUAUCAACAUUUUUCCAGGCAAGUUGAAUUAUUGACAGUCAAAUUGGAUGAGAAGUCAGCUGAAAAUGUCAAACUUGUUGCCGAUCUUCAAAGUAUUCAAGAAAAACUUGAUAUUGUUGAAAAGGUUGCGCAUGAGGAUGAGGUUGAAUGUCAACGAUUGGCUGCAUUGGAAGGCUCGAAAACUGAAAAAUUGUCGGAAUUGGAGAAAUUGUUAGCCGAAAAAAACAAGUCAGCUUGA